UUCUCCCAAAAAGUUAUCAUUUUACAAAUGUGACAUUAUGACAUUGAGGGUACGAAAACAUGACUAUGUUCAUGAUUACGAGGAUACAUAUUCGACAGUAUAGAAGACACAUUUUGGACUGAAUUUUCAAGCAUUAAAAUCUUGUUUAUCUCAUGGUCAGUUCAUAAAAUAUGUUGUUGUAAAUAACUAGAUUAUUAUUAAUAACAAAGUUGAACCGUGUCUGCUCCAAUUUGAUAGACGUUCAAUGAACUCAUGACCAGUAUAAGAUAAGCUGUUUAAAAUUUAAGUGACUGUGGCAUUCGUGAUUUGCAUGGUCUUGUGUGCUGACCUCCUUUGAGAUAACUACGAUAAAAUUAUGCUGCGCUAUUUGUUCCUCUUAUUCGUAACACUAGUUGCCGCGAAUAAAUGUCCUUACCAGUUCGAAGGGAUACCAUAUACUAGAAAGUCGAUGCUCACAAUAAAAGGCCUCCCUACAAACCUAGCCUACAAUUCAAUAAACAAUGAUCUAUAUUUCACAUUAAUCGAUAUAGAUUCAUUACAAAACGAUAAUGAACAGACUAAGAUGGAUCAAUAUAUCUUAAGAGAUGGAAAACCGAUUAAAAUUGACAACAUACAUGGUCAAGCUGCAGCCGUAGAUACGAAUAAUGGCACAGUUUAUAUUGCCAGUGAUGAUGGCCUUAAUAUACUUAAUAGCACUGAUCACGCCAACUUUAUUAGUCUAAAAGACGAGGAUAUAGUUCAAAUAUUCAAACCGAUACAUAAAAACGAGCUCUAUGUGGUCGUUUUCCCAGAAAACGAAGUUUAUAAACUAAAUGUCGAGAAGAACGAAAAACGAAAGGUUGCGUACGUACCAUGCGCUUUCAUACUUGCUGUUGAUCAUCAUGAUAAUAUAUAUUAUGAGUGUGAUUCCAAAUACGUUAAAGUAUUGCUUAAAGACUUUAGUGAGCCUGUAGAAUUUGUCGGUAUUGCCAAAAAUAACGCUAGAGCUAUGGCGGUUGAUAUGAUUGGAAGAGUGAUUCUUGCGGCAAAUGACGGAAUCUACCAUUUGCGACCAGACAACAUAAUUCCCAAGAAACUGAUGAAUUUGGACUUUGUACCUUCGGCAAUUGCAUUUGAUAAUAAAGUUGGUACAAUGUAUUUGGCCACGAAUGGCAUAAUUUACGAAUAUAGCGUCGCAGAUGCCAAAACUUGUGUGUAAAUUUUUUUUUAAGAUAUACAUUAAUUUAUUGUUUUUGGAGUUUCAUUUUAGGAGCCGAUACUGUCUCACGUCGAAAUCAAAUUUUUCCCUUACUAAUACGGUUCAUUUUGCUUGGGUCGAGCGGUAGGGACACUGGCUUUAUUUCAGAAUUAAUUUCUUUACAAACAAAAUUACAGCCA